AUGAAAGACAGUAAGGAGGUCGUUCAUGAGAACAGUGUUGAAAUAGUUCAUGAGAACAGUGAGGAGGUCAUACAUGAAUGCAAUGAUGAAAUAGUUCACGAUGUCGUUCGUGAAGAAGCCAUUGCAACAAAGAAUGAUAUAAAGAAUUUCAUAGAACUUAACAAGGAGGAGUUUAAAGAAGGCUAUGAAAGUGAAAAGAUGUGA